AUGACCUUAAUCCCACCACAGCAAAUGCCACCGAUUUCACUUAGGCUCAUGAUUUUCUUUCACCACUCCAGAUUGUUGGAAGUGUAUGAAUUACCUGAAGAUGAUGAUGCUUGGGAAGAAGAAGAUGAGACAGUAACUCAGUUUAGCACAUCAGAGUUAUAUGAAUUUUGUGUUGUACCUACCCUCUCAGAUUCAGUCCGACACCUUAGCAAUUUGCUUCUUUGGUCUUUAAUAUUUACCUUGACAACAAGAAUCGUCCACCCUCCUGCAUGGCUUGUACACCUGAUAUCAACUGCAUGUGGUUGUGUGGUGGCUUGGCAACUGUUUGGACCUAGAGUGCUGUUCAUGAUGUAUUUAAUACUGGUUGGAACCCUGGCCUUGUUCUGCUCAGACAGACUGCUACAUUCACGUAGGGGCCCGUGGACUUGUGCGUCUUGCGUAGUUUUUCUGAUAUUAUGUGAAUUGUGGUGGGCAGAUCCUGUGGAAUGGCACAGCAUACGAGGAGCACAAAUGAUUAUAUUGAUGAAGAUAGUAUCUAUUGGUUUUGACCUGGAUGCAUCAGUUCUUUCAUCUCAUCCAAGUCUAGUUGAAAUGGCAGGUUAUAUCAUGAAUCCUGGCACCGUUAUUUUUGGACCAUGGAUAUCUCUAGAUUCUUACAGGAAGGUGUUGCAGCCUUUAUCAAUUAACUUGAUGCUGAUUGCAAAUAUUGUUAGUAAACUUGUGGCCAGUGCAAUUUAUCUCCUUUUCUCCACUUGCUUUGUCUCAUGGCUGGUUCCUGAUAACCUAUCCAGGUGGAUGAUGGCUUAUAGAAAAGCACUCUCAUUUCGGUCAAGUCACUACUUUGUGUCAUACUUCAGUGAGGCAUUAGCUUUACUUGCUGGGUUAGAAGUUGGAGCAGUAGCAAAGCCAGCAUUUAUUGAAAUACCUCGUUCCCUUGUUGAAGUUGUUAUAUAUUGGAAUAUGCCAAUGCAUCACUGGUUAAAAAUGUAUAUCUUUAAAACUGCUCGAAAUCGUUUUGGAAUAUUUGGAGCAUUGUUAUUUACAUAUAUAAUGUCAUCAUUGUUCCAUGGCCUUAACUUCCAACUAGCUGCAGUGUUGCUUUCACUAGGAUUCUAUACUUAUGUGGAAUACUCCCUUCGACAGAAGCUUGCAUCAGUGUUUGAUGCUUGCAUUUUAGCAAGACGCUGCAGUGAAAACUGUGGUCAUGCUCAGAAAGGAAAGUCAGGAUUCAGUGUGUUAGUAAAUUUGGGUUUUGGCUUCCUAACAAUAUUCCAUCUUGCGUACCUGGGCAUCAUGUUUGACUCGCCAUCUCAAAAGCAGGAAGCUGGGUAUAGUAUGAAACAUACAUUAUCCAUGUGGUCCAGUCUACACUAUGCAAGUCACUGGAUUAUAUUUUUGUUCUACAUUAUGUCUUCCGUCAUAUAAAAACUAGCAUUAAGAAGUGCCUGAAGUUUAGUAAGUCUGUAUAUAGUAAUAAUAGUAU